CUGGUCUGGUAGGAUGAAUCUCUGACAUUCAGACCAGGAACUGCGUAAUUCAGCUUUUAGGGUUUUUCUCAAGGAACAUUUUGGAUCCCUCCUGGAAGACACCAUGGAUAACUUCCAGACUGUUUUGCGUUUCUUCAUGAACCAAAAAGCCACCAUUGGAUACAGUUUUAUGGCGAUCCUAACUAUUGGUGGGGAGCGUAUUUUCUCCAUGGUUUCAUUUCAGUGCCCAUGUAACCAUGAUCAGAAUUUUGCAUAUGGGCUGACUUUUCUCCUGGGUCCAGCUGUGGUGCUUUUGGUUUUUAGCCUGUUCUUCAGCACCAGGCUGUGGAGGCUUUACACUGGCUGCUGCCUUAACCCUAUGAAGCUUUGUCCUCGUGGGAACUGCCUCGGCUGCUUCAGGGUGUUGCUGAGCAUCAUAACUGGUGCUUUUGUGGCUCCUAUUAUGUGGCUGUCUGUGGCUUUGCUCAACGGGACCUUUUAUGAAUGUGCCAUCAGCGGUCUGGAUGACAACCUGGUUGUGGAUCUGUUCUGUAAAAACAAGACGAUGAAGUGUCGGGAGGAGCUCGCUAGGGUGCCCUGUGACCGUUCCGAACUGUCCAAGCAAGACCGAAUGGAGCUGCUGCUGAUGUUCAGGGCUCAGUCACAAAUCUUGGGCUGGAGCAUCAUUAUCAUCGCUGUUAUUCUAGGUCUCUUGGGUACCUGCUGCAAAAACUGUCGCUCCAAGGUCAGCUACCUGCAGCUUACAUUCUGGAAGCGUUAUGUUGAGAAGGAGAAGGAACGCUUUGAUGCCUUCACUGUGGACUAUGCUACUAAACUGGCUGAAAGAAACUUGCAGAGCUUUUUUGAGAACAAGGAACCUAAUGUCAUGCCCUUCCCUAAUCACAAGGCAUGGGAGGAGAUCUCUGAAUACUACACAUUUUCCAAGAGUGAACAGUAUUACAGUACUCUUCACCGCUAUGUGGAGAAAACAGACAGGGAUUACGAACCAGAAAAAAGACCUGUCCUUGAGGUGGAGGAUGGGAUAGAGAUGACUUAACCAGAACUCCACUGGAAAGGAAAGCAAGGAAAACACAUUUACAAAUAAUGUUAUUGAAGACACACAUACGCUUUACUGAUGAUGAUGAUGAUUAUAAACUUUUUAAAGCAAGUCACAGUAGACAUCAAAUUAAAUGUUGAUACUACUGGCUUUUCUUGACAAUCUAACCUGCCAGAGCUGAAAUAAUUUUUUUAAACUAAAUAUUAGGUUUCCACCUUAUUAACCAUCCCUCUGUCCGUCCCUCCAUCCAUCCAUCUUCUCCCACUUACUCCUUCAGGGUGGUGGUGGGGCAGAUGCCAGCAGUCUCUGGGCGAGAGGCGGGGUCCACCCCGGACAGGUAGCUAGUCUGUCGCAGGGAAACAGAAAGACGCACAAUGACGUACUACCGUGCACACAAACUCACACCUAAGGAACUUUAUUAUCUUUAGCCUCUAUAAGGUUUUUUUUUCUGCUCGAAAACGACACUAAAUUCGAGUGGGUAAAACUGAGCAAAUAGUGCAAUAAAGGAAAUAAAGUUUAGAUUAUAUGUUUAAUUUUUUAUUGUGUAUUUUAAAGUAAGGAGGAAAAUGCAUAAACAUAAAACUUAAUUAUAUUCAAUAGUUUACUCAGCCAGCAUGAAAAUAUUUAUAAAAAAAAAAAUAUACUCUUUUUUAUGAUAUGAUAAAAGGGAGAACCAUCUCUGCUCUCCUCUACACAUCGUACUUUAAAAUGGUACCAUCUGGAUACAUAAGUAACUUAAAAACUACUUAACAUUUUAAAGGUGAAAUACAUCUGAGCAUUGUCCGAAUGUUUAAUAGAUGUUUACACUGCACUUAUUAGAUGUUAGGUUUAUAAGUAAAUGCCUACAAUUAAUUUAUUAGAAAAUUCUAAAUGCAGUCCAGCUUGAAGCAAAAUUCAGUGGCAUUCAAAAAUAAAACUGCUAUGAAAUCAAUAUUUCUUUAACCAUAUUCCUGUGUUCACCUAACCUAUUUGUCUGACCUGUUUUUAUUUUAUUUUUUUGUGGUAAGGUCACCCAAAGGCUGCUCAGGUGCUAAAGUCAUAUAGAGAUGGUCAUCUACCAGGUCGCAUCUGUUUUAUGUGGAAAACAAUACCUAAAAGUUUGCAUCUGAUGUAUGAUUAUUUAAUUACAAGUAAAACAUGUGAAACCGAUUUUUAAACAGUCUUUUAAGAAGCUUUAAAUCCUAUGAUAGCAUGGAUCAUAGGAAUGAAGAAACCAAAUGACUAAUAUCAUUCAGCUAAACUGUAACUGUAGUAAAUGUAAAGAGGGUUUACAUUUUUUCCUCCAACCCACUGCAAAGUAGAGAAAUUCACUUCAAUUCAGUCCAUUUCAGUUUAUAUAUUUAGCGCCAAUUCACAACACAUUGCAUCUCAACGCACAGAUUGGUUAAAAGUUUCUAUCUAUGAAAACCAGAUGAUUGCAUCCAGUCAUUGGAUUAACAUGCUGUAAUGAUUUUUGUUUGCAUUUUGUCAUUGGCUCUUCAGCAGUCCCUCACACUGAUCAUGCUUGUAGCGACAGUGAGGAGGAAAACUCCCAUUUACACAGGAAGAGACCUGCAGCAGAACCAGGCUCAGUGUGAGCCGUCUGAAGGGGUUCAAGGAAAUCAAAGCAGACAUACAGAAAGAAGGAGAAAUACAACAUUUUACUGUUAAGUAACUCCACAAGCAGCCCUGUCUAGAAAAGAGAAAGCCAGGCAGAAAAAUUCCGAGCCAGCCAAUGUCCUCUGAGAUUCCCAUGUCAGAGGGAAGAAGAGAGCACAUACAGUUAGUCACAGUAAUAGAAACGACACUGAAAAACAGGCCAAGCUCCAACAUCUAUAAUCUAAGGUGUUGAUGGCAAAAGAACAGCUGAUAUUUCUCUCCAGGAUGGAGUCACGGCCAAACAAGAACAAACCAGAUGAAGCUACUAUAAAAAGCAGGGAGAGCAUAAAGUUAAAGAUUAAACUAACAAACACUGCAGGAUGAAAGAAUAGAGAUAGAAUGAAGCACAGUGUGAAAAAGUGGUUCCUGUGUCCUCCAGCAGUCUAAACAUAUAGCAGCAUAGAUAUAGAAAAUAUCUCAGAAUAACAAUUUUGGAUGAGGUAUAAUAAAGGUAGAACCAAGGACUCCUAAAUUCCUAAAAGUGGCUUCAUGAAAACAUUUCAUUACCUAGUUACUUCAAAUGAACUUAGUGUGGCAGGUUUAUUUUUUAACACGGUCUUUGACAGACGUAGGACGUCUAUCUUUAAGAACAAUACGUGUCAAUGUUGUUAUUUUUUCAAAAGUAUUAAUUUUUUCAGGUUCAAUACAAAUCAUAAGCCCCACUUACAGUACCCUUUUGAAACUGUGCUAAGAUCAGUCAAGCACAGUAACCGAGAUGACUGUUGAAUGUAAAUUGCAAGUAAAACUGAACCGGACCAUGCCAGACAUAACCGACUGCGCUAAACUGGUACUAGUUCAUCAGUAGGGCUCAGUUCGGUUCAUUUCUUUCACGGUUCUCAGAUAACAAUGAGUGCAUGAGCAGACCGCAUCAUCUCGUUACAGUCAUCCUCUGUAAUCAUGAAUUUUUAGACAUUCAUAAAACUACUAACUUCCCUAUUGUGCCACACGAUUUCUAGUGAUGAUUCUGCUUAGCAGUUUGAUGAACCUUAGCAGUGUGAUGAUGAACCUUAGCAGUGUGAUCAACCUCAACUUCUGUCGUUGUUUCCUGUGUCUGUAAGCCCUGAUUAGGAUAUUGUUUGUCGUGUCCUCUUCCCAAAAGCCGACUCUAUCAAAUAAAUUCACCUAAGGCUGCCUUCUUUGCAAACAAUGAAAUAUCACAAUUAUAACCAAACUUCCUGAAUGUUACGGGCGCUGCCAUGUUUGUUUACUUGUUUCCCUAAAGAGAGCAGUAAACCAUAGAGCGUGACGAGGAGGCGAGGAACUAUGCUAUUGCGGUGUGUAACAGAAAGGAACCGUGCUCCGCACAGUUUACUGAUCCAAGCUCGGUCGGAAUUCGGCACGGAUCCGUUUUCAGAGUGUACGGUAAUGUAAAUGGGGCUAUAAUGAAAGCGCUCUAGUAAGCCUGCAAUUACUAUUGGUAAUCCUUAUAUUGUUUACAACUUUUAAUUCUUCUUUUCAUCUCUGUUUAUUGAGUUCUCAAUUAGUUUCCAACCUAAAGGACCGCCUAGCUCGUAACAAUAAGCAACAAUGAGUACAAUUUUUUUUUAUCUGCAUGUAAAUAGGUUGUUCUUUGCAACUUUUGCUUUUUCCUGUUUUGGCCUCCAGUUCAGACAUUUGUGAGCAACUUCAUAGAAACUUCACAUUUUAGCAAUAAACAGCUGUGAGGCAACAAGAAGUAUAACUACUUACAAUAUUAAUGUUAUUACUUUCUAACACUAAAUACAGUUGUGGUAGAACGUUUACAUACCCCUUCAUCAAAGACUGAAAAAGUCAGUUACGAGUAUACAAUAU